AUGGUGUUUUGGUCGUACCCACCAACUAAAAAACAACUAAAAGGCAGCGCCGUCGUGUUCAUCGCCGGUGCCACACUCUUCGCCGCCGGUGCUUACUUGUCGUUUGUUAACAUAGCCCCUCAACAAGCUCGUGCCAAAGCUCGCUCUGAUUACGUCAAAUCCCGCCUUCGCAAACUUCUGCAAGACGAUAAUUAAAUUCCAUCUUUUCUCCUUUUUAUUUUCUAGAUAGCAUAGCAGAGUGUAUUGUUUAUUUAGACCUUUUAGUAUCUGAUAAUGACAAUUAUAUUUUGAGGGUUGAUC